AUGCCUGAAAAUACACAACCUACACUUAGGAGCACUGGAGGAGAUGGUAUAAGGAGGAAGAAGAACGUUCCAGUGAUAGUGGAUGAGGAGUCUGGUGAUUUGGAGGGUGAUGACUCCACUGAUGGGACCUACUGUGAGCCGGGUGAGGGAGAGACUGAUGAUGAUGAUGAUCUUUGGAUGAGUGAGUUUGUGGUUGAGGAUGAGAUUGAAGUUGAGGAGGAUGAGAUUGAAGUUGAGGAUUGUUGUCUUUACAAGACAUUUGAGGACUGUCUUGAUGGUAGUACUACCUUGAAUAGAGUGUAUCAAAAUGGAAGUUGGAGGAUACAUGCCUCUGUGAUUGCUGAUAACAUUAUUUGGGCAAUCAAGACAUUGAAGGGGAACCAUAAGGCAUGUGGGAGAUUAGAGGAGAAUCCUAUGAUGGCAGAUCGAUCUGUGAAAUAUCCUUUGGGUAUUCUAAAGGAUGUACCUGUUAGAGUUGGAAAAUUCUACAUUCAUGUAGAUUUUGGUGUACUUGAUAUGGAAGAAGAUAGUCAAAUUCCCAUUAUUUUAGGUAGACCUUUUCUAUGUACUUCAGGUGUUGUUAUUGAUGUAAAAUCUAGCUCUCUGAGUUUAAGUGUUGGUGAUGAUACUGUUACUUUUAAGCUAACCAAUGAUAUCCAGUCUCCUAUGCUUGAGCACACAUGUUGCAGGAUUGAUGUACUCGAUGAGAAUUCUGGAGUUAGUUUUCAACAAUUUCUGUCAAAUGAUUUAUUAGAGACAAUUUUCAAUCUGAAUGAUGGUCUUGACAUUGAUAAGGUAGCAGAUUGUAAGGUAAUGGAGAGUAUUUGCUCUACUUUCGAACCACAGGUAAAGAAGUUAGAACUUAAACCUUUACCUUCUCACAUCAAAUAUGCAUAUCUUGAUGAUGAUGAGGAAUGCCCUAUGAUUGUGGACAGAGCAAAAAUUAAGGCGAUUGAGAAAGUUCCUCCUCCUGUGAAUGUCAAAGGAGUGAGGAGUUUUCUGGGUCAUGCGGGGUUCUAUUGCAAAUUUAUAAAAGACUUUUCAAAAAUUGUGAAACCCCUUACUCAAUUGUUGGUUAAGGAUGCCACUUUUGAUAUUACUGAUGCUUGUGUGGAAUCUUUUGAGAGGAUUAAGGAAGCAUUGAUCACUUCCCCUAUCAUACAACCUCUAGACUGGAGUCUACUCUUUUUAACACUAGUAGAAUAA